AAUAUGUCUCUUUUUCCGGAUCCCAGGCGUAUUGUCACAGGCCACAGCCAAGAUGGCAAGUCGAUAGUAGUAGAUGAUAACACAAUCAGUUGCCUGCCGACAUCCAUCAAGUGCAAUUUUGCGGUCUUGUACGAAACCCACGAGUUUCCAGCGACUUUGCAUGAAUGGGAGGACCCUAUCAGGCAGAGAACAACCAAUUUGGCGAAUCAGAACGGCGUUGUUUUGAGGGUCGUGGACUUUCCCCCAAAUACAGAGACUGCUUUUCAUCGCACAGAAUCUUUGGACUUUGGCAUCCUGCAUCAAGGCGAAAUCACAUGUCAUCUCGAUGAUGGCGUGCGAGUGGAAAUGAAGGCCGGGGAUACCUGCGUCCAGCGGGGCACAAUACAUGGGUGGACAAAUUACUCCAAUAAGCCAGCCCGUAUGUACUUCGUUCUUACAGCUGCUGAACCGGUGGUAGUACGCGGGACGACCUUGGGGGAGAAGGGGUUCGACAGGAAACAUGUGGCAUCAGGAGGAACUCGCGAAGGGAGCAGCUCACAACUAGAGGCAACGACUUAGGCAUCCCAACUAUAAUUUUACAUUUGGAUCUCGGCACCACACUUUGCGGUGCAAUAGAAUGCAUCACUGAGCAGUGUUCUUGUCGACGGUUCCACAGAUCCAUACCAUUCUGAUGCCGGUAAACUAGCCCUGUACUUAGAACCUAAAUACCUC